AUGCCCUACCAUUUCACCUCCCCUCACCCCUACACCCAGUCCCCUCACACCUACACCCAGUCCCCUCACCCCUACACCCAGUCCCCUCACCCCUAUACCCAGUCCCCUCAACCCUACACCCAGUCCCCUCACCCCUACACCCAGUCCCCUCACCCCUACACCCAGUCCCCUCACCCCUACACCCAGUCCCCUCACCCCUAUACCCAGUCCCCUCAACCCUACACCCAGUCCCCUCAACCCUAUACCCAGUCCCCUCACCCCUAUACCCAGUCCCCUCAACCCUACACCCAGUCCCCUCAACCCUACACCCAGUCCCCUCACACCUACACCCAGUCCCCUCACCCCUAUACCCAGUCCCCUCAACCCUACACCCAGUCCCCUCAACCCUACACCCAGUCCCCUCACACCUACACCCAGUCCCCUCAACCCUACACCCAGUCCCCUCACCCCUACACCCAGUCCCCUCACCCCUACACCCAGUCCCCUCACCCCUACACCCAGUCCCCUCACCCCUACACCCAGUCCCCUCACCCCUACACCCAGUCCCCUCACCCCUACACCCAGUCCCCUCACCCCUACACCCAGUCCCCUCACCCCUACACCCAGUCCCCUCACCCCUACACCCAGUUCCCUACCACUUGA